AUGAAGUACCCUGCUAGACUGAAUCCUCUCUUCGUGGUAGCUCUGGCCCUUUCUGUAUACGGCGAUUCUCUGCCGUUUCGGGCCAACUUCUCUGAUAGCCCACAACCUUUCAACAUCGACGUCGACAAGGACUUUAUUGAUAAUACGGUACUAAAAGCUUCACUCACGCGAUUUGUAACUCCGGUCGACGAGAAAGAAUAUUUGGAAGGACCACCUGUUCACAACGCUACGACCGUACGUGACUAUUGGGUGAACGAAUAUAACUGGUACAAUACACAGAACAGAUUGAAUCAGAAACUGCACCAGUAUACCACCACCGUAAAACUGAACACAUCAGCACAAUAUUCUCAGCCGAUUCCUCUACAUUUUGUCCAUCACCGAUCUCCACGCGUCGACGCGAUUCCCCUGCUAUUUAUCCAUGGAUGGCCAGGCUCUUUCAUUGAAGUUGAGAACAUUAUUGACGGGCUUACCAAUCCACCAAAUGCUACACUUCCCGCAUUCCAUGUCGUGGCUCCCUCGAUCCCAGGCUUCGCGUUUUCUCCUGCUGUAGUAGCGACGGGAUUCGGAGAUUACGAAGCUGCGCAGGCUUUCCAUGCACUAAUGAUGCAACUGGAGUACGAAAAAUAUGUAAUCCAGGCUGGUGAUGUGGGUGGAAUAAUUUUACGCUAUCAAGCUCAUUUAUUUCCAGACAACGUCCUUGCUGGUUUGGACAAUUUUUGGGUAGUUUCGCCAUCGGAAACAGACAGGGAACGCUACAGCCGCAACCAAACAACUGCAGACGAGACGUAUAUAAUCGAUUCACUUGAUAGCUUUUUCGAUAAUCUCUGGGGAUACGGUCAAAUCCAACAGACAAGACCGCUCAAGCUAGCUCAUGCGAUGACAGACAGCCCGGUCGGACUAGCCAUGUGGAUAUAUGAUGCGGUUAUACAGGCUGUUGAGAAUCGAGAUGUUUGGACACCGGAAGAAAUAAUCACAUGGACGAUGAUGCACUAUAUUCAAGGUCCCUAUGGUGGAUUUAGACUCUAUCGAGAGGGUGCCUUGAAUGGUGCAUUUAAUCUGACUGCGUUCAACGAUUUACCCCCUGUUUCACAGCCGGUGGCCAUUUCAGAGUUCCCGCUCGAUAUCUGGUACAGAACUCCAUUGGAAUGGGCGCAAAGAACUGGAAACGUACAGAAGAGAUAUAUUCAUGACUACGGCGGCCAUUUCCCUGCAUGGGAAACGCCUGACUUGCUUUUGGACGACAUUUGGGAUUUUUUUGGUGAUCUGGAUAUUCUAAACAGUUACCGCCAGAUCAGGUUGGAAACAGGCAAUGAUGUCACAAUCUAG